GGAGCAGUUGGUCUCGGUUCAGUCUGUCGCAACGUUUUCUUCUUCUCUUUGUUUCAAAGUUCUGAUGGACGAACCGGAUCAAACCGGAUCACAUCUGGAUUAAAGGACCCGGACCAGGAGCGGAUGAUGGGUCUAGAGGGCGGGCGGACUUAGUGGAAACUUUUCUUUUGGUCUCCAUGGAGAUGGAAGUUUUUCCCGCCAGCUGAGGAGCAGAUCACACUCUGAUCGAGUAUCGAUAGUUUAUAUUGAUCGUUGAUUGAUCAGCGGGAUGGCGGCCCUGCUCGCACUCCUGCUCGCGCUCUGGACCUGCGGACACGCCAAAAGCGCGUUCCCGCUGCGACCCUCCUACAGCCUGUACACCGGCGGACACGCGCACGCGCAUGGAGCUCGCGCCGCCAGCAGACACAGGAACUGGUGUGCGUUCGUUGUGACAAAGACGGUGAGCUGUGUGAUCGAGGACGGAGUGGAAACCUAUGUGAAGCCUGAUUAUCAUCCCUGCAGCUGGGGGAGUGGACAGUGCAGCCGGGUGGUGCAGUAUCGGACCUACAUGAGGCCACGGUACAAAGUGGCCUACAAGAUGGUGACGGAGAUGGAGUGGAAGUGUUGCCAUGGUUACAGCGGAGAGGACUGCAACGAUGGUCCAGUUGGAGGAGCAGGAACCCAGAUUUCCACCACCAGACCUCAGCCCAGACCGGGUCAGGUAGGAGGGACGAGCCAUGGACAGGGAAAUGCAGGUUAUGGAGGAGGAAGUUCUGGAUCUGGACAAAGUGGAGGACACAGCGAACAAGCCGAGAAUGAGAGGAUGAGGCAGAUGGAGGAGAAGAUCCAGAGUCUGACCAGGAACCUCCACGAUGUUCAGUCCACCCUGAACACCAUGAAGGAACACUUUCAGCGGGAAGUCAACAAACCAGGAGGAGGAGGAGGAGGAGGAGGUGGAGGAGGAACCUCUUCAGGAGGAAGAAACCCUGCUGAUGCAGCUCAGCCAGAGAUUAAAGAGACAAUUCAUAGCAUUCAGACCAAACUGGACCAGCUGGACAACCGCACACAGGCUCAUGAUAAAACCCUGGUCAGCAUCAACAACCACCUGGUGAAUGGAAAAGGAAACGAAUUGGAUGGGGGUCUUUCUGGAGGAGGACUGAGUGGAGGAAGACUAAACCUGCUGAAGGAGGAGAUCUUGAGGGAGUUGGAGAAGAGGGUGUCGCUGUCCUGCUCCUCCUGUCAGGCCGGUGUGGAGGAUCUGCGCAGACAGCAGCAGCAGGACCGCGAGAGGAUUCAGGCUCUGGAGAAGCAGCUCAGUGCUGCGGAUGUUCGGUUUCGACAGGGUCUGGACGCAUUGCGAGGGGAGGUGCUGCGUUCACAAGGAUGCUGUGACACCGUCAAUGACCUCAAAAACCGCAUCACUGACGCUGAGCGCAAAAUAAGCUCAGCCUCAGAGAACUUUGAUGUUCUGCAGAACCGUCUGGACAAGGAGCUCAGUGGAGGAGCUGGCAGCAACAACGAGAAUGGCGGCUCCAGAUUAGGAGGGAGGGGUGUUGUGGUGACGGAGGACAGACUAGACAAUCGGCUGAAGGACCUGGAUCAGCGGAUUAACAACACCAAGCAGAACUUCCACAGAGAACUGGGUGAACGGUUCGAUGACCAGGGCUAUAGGAUCUCAGACGUGGAACUGGACGUGGGGCUAGUCAAGGACAGGGUGAAUGAACAUGACAAGAAGCUCUCGAAGCUGGAAAACAACACCUCCCUCCUGAGCUGGAGGCUGGAGGAGUGCAACUGUUUAAAACCUGAAGGUAGAGGAAGGUCACCACCUACUGGUGACCAGGGAGAUGGAGGAGGAAGGUGGGGAGCAGGAGGAGGACAUACUGGAAGAGGAGGUGGGCGUGAUUUAGGAACUACAGGAGGAGGAACUACAGGAGGAGGUACACAGGGAGGAUUAUCUGGGACAGGAGGAGAAAGAGAAAAUACAACAGAGAAGUCACUGGAGUGGCGAGUGGUCGCCAACGAGGAUCAGAUCCGCCAUUUUAACACUCAACUCAAAGACCUGUCGGUUUCUGGAGACUCUCUGAACAACAAGGUUGUGGACCUGAGUCAUGACGUCCGUAAGAUCAAGGCUUUGACCGGUGAUCACGGUGAACACUUUAACCGGAUUGUGACGGAGGUAGAGCUGCUGGGGCAGGACUGUGAGCUGUGCAGGAAGGUGGAGGAUGAGGUGCAGAGACUGAAGAAUCACUCCCAGGAUGCACUAGGACGCAUGCAGAGUCUCAUCAACAGACUUCAGAUCAGACUGGACUCAGGAAGAGAAGGCUGCUUCCAGAUGUGUUCACACCUGGAGAACGAAAUCCACCUGCUGCGAGACGAUGUCAGGAAGUGCACUGGCCAAUGUAAGAGCAGCCCAGACAUGCCCACAGGUGGUGGUUCUGGUAGCACCAGUGGCACUGGUGGUACCAGUGGACGUGGACCUGGGUUGGAUGCCGAGAAGCCUUUAGAUGGCCACAGUGUGAUCGGAGGCUCCAUCAAUAACAAUCAGUUGAAGACGAUGCAGGGUGAACUGUCGGAGGUCAUCCUCACCUUCAGCUCCAUCAACGACACCCUGAAGGGGCUCGAACACACGGUGCAGAAACAUGGAAGUGUCAUUACCGACCUUGGAAACACCAAAGAUAAGAUCAUCUCUGAGCUGGACAAAAUCCAGCAGGAGGUAACGGAGCACAUCGAGGACAGCCGCGACCGUCUGGAUGGGAUGGACCGGGAUGUUCGGCGGUUUAAGAGCAUGCUGCUGGUGGAGGUGGGAGACUGUAGGAAGUCUGGAGACGGGCUGGAGAAGAGGCUGUCAAAGCUGGAGGGAGUCUGUGGUAGGCUGGACAGUGUCUCCAAUUCCAUCCUCAAGAUCAAGGAAGGACUGAACCGACACGUGUCAAGUUUGUGGACGUGUGUUUCUGGUCUGAAUGACUCGGUCAUCCAUCACGGAGGAAUCAUGGACUUUAUUCAGAAGAACCAGGAUGAUGUCUACAGCAGGAUGAAGAACCUGAACUCGAGUCUGAACCAGGUCCUUAAAGACCUCCAGAGUUUCUCUGAGCCCAACCUGACUGGCACCGUGCUGCUCAACAGAGGCCUGCCUGGACCCCCAGGGCCCCCAGGAGAAAGGGGGCAGCAGGGUCCCAGAGGGCCUCUUGGCCCUCCUGGACGACAAGGUGAAAGUGGUUUACGAGGUCUGCCCGGUCCCAAAGGUGAACCAGGUCUGCCUGGUGUUGAUGCCCAUGUACCCAGACUGUCAUUCUCUGCUGCUCUCACUGUUCCCAUGGAGAGAGCUGGAACCAUCAUCUUUGACAAGAUCUUUGUCAAUGAAGGAGACUUCUAUGACCCAAGAACAGGUAUUUUUACUGCCCCCGUAGAUGGACAUUACUUCUUCAGUGCUAUCCUGACGGGCCAUAAAAAUGAGAAGAUAGAGGCAGUUCUGUCGAAGUCGAACUACGGCAUGGCCCGGGUGGACUCUGGAGGCUACCAGCCAGAAGGCCUGGAGAACAACCCUGUCGCCGAGGCUAAAACCACUCCGGGAUCUCUUGCCGUCUUCAACAUCAUCCUGCCUCUGCAGACUCGGGACACGGUCUGCAUCGACCUGGUGAUGGGAAAACUGGCCCACUCUGUGGAGCCACUCACAAUCUUCAAUGGCAUUUUGCUGUAUGAAGACAUGUGACAAGUUCAUGCUGACAACUGAAGACCAAUUCAUGACAAACCCGCAGGAGGCUGCACCAUAAAGUAUGAUGUCUCCUCUCUCAGGAGUGAUCCUAAACUGAUGACAGAAUAUUGUAAAUUAUUGGCUCUAUGUUAUUAUUAUAAAAACUCUUUAUGUCACAUGUGGACGACAGCAGGGGUUGAUUUAAUACAGUGAGCUGAUCUGAUGUCAGAGCUGAUGUAAACCAGGAUCACCCGGUGCCUGGCAAACCUACUCCCUACUUGAAACUUUUAAAGAACUGUUUGGAAGCACAGGAAUUCUUGUGGUGAAUAUUGACAGUGUAACAGUCUGAGUGCUGUUGGCCUCACCUACAGGCUGCAGAGUUCAUUACAGAAUCUGAACAGUUGCAGGGGGUGCUACAGGAUACAUCAUCUCACUGGUAGAUGUUGAAGUAUGGCAUUGGGGACCAACGUGUUGGACAGACAGAUGGGCGCUCAGCACUAUCCUUAAGCCCUGCCCCUGCCAGGUCAGAUGUUGAUGGCAACAUGUGACAGUGUGACUUUAAAUUUGAUGAAAAACAAAUAAGCUUUUUGCUCUGAAGCUUUAUAAAAAGCAAAAUGUCUUUUUUGUUUGAUAUUAUGAGAUGAGUUCACUUUGUGAAUGUUUCAUAUUAAGCUGCACCUUUUCUGUUUUAUGUGCUUCAAAGUAUUUAUGUCAUUAUCACAUAAUUUCACUUUGAUGGACAAACACCAAAAGCCAAGGCUGUAAAUACUCUACACUUUCUUGCUAUCUAAAAUCCAAUUAAAGAAAUACAUAGAUUGUUAAAUUAAGUGGAGGUAGUAGUCAAGUGUGAACCUAUCGUGACAGCACCCAUUCGUUUGUGGAGUACCGUUUUGAAGCCUCGAAUUUGUUGUUUUGGUCGCCGCCACGACAGUUAGACGGCGGCUCACCUGGUCACACAUGAUCUCGUAUUACAGCUAUAGCUACAGUACACUAAAAUAAGUUUGAAACGAUUUUAAGUGAGAAAUAGGCAAUGCAACAGAACAGAAUCUUGAUCCAUAUCUGAUCAGCACUGCCUAGUUUGACAGUAUGAUCUGAGUUUGGUGCGUUGACUUGGACGGACUCACUGAGAAUGACCUGUCAAUCAAAAGGUAGCCCCGUCCUAAAGCAUAUGCUAUCUAUGCUAUCUAUUUUAUUGAAACUGGACCGUAAUUUACUAAAUGAACAUCAUAAUGUAUUGAAGAUGUGAAACUAGUGAUUGAGACCAUAAACUCAUCAGGAAACUGUUUACUGAGCUCAUAAAUAAAGUGAGAAGUCAACUCAUUCUCUAUUAGAGUGAAUGGUAUCGGCGGGUUAUUGCAGCAAAUUCGAUUCAAUUCAAUUUUAUUUGUAUAGCGCCAAUUCAUAACAGAAGUUAUCUCAGGACACUUUUCAAAUAGAGCAGGUCUAGACUGAACUCCUUAUAACAUUAUUUACAGAGACCCAACAGUACCACCAUGAGCAAGCACUUGGCAACGGGGGCAAGGAAAAACUGCCUUUUAAGAGGCAGAAACCUAGGACAGAUCCUUCGGCUCUAGGUGGGUGGUCGUCUGCUCCCCCUGCUGGCCUUUACAAAGAAUGCAGGUUUUAAGAAACUUCCGCGUUGGCUUUUUUUACUUUUCUAACGCGGAAGCGCUGUCCAUCAUAUAUACUGUCAAUGUUAGUAGUAUCACAAUGUAAACAUUCAUUCAGCCUUUAUUUAAAAUUUAAUAAUUACACCAUGGGAAUUACAAAUAUACUAAAUCAGUUAAAACAUACAUAAAGUACAAGAAUGGAGCUCUAUGGCACAGAUGAAUAAGAUAUAUCAGGCUUUGAUACCCACUGUACUUAUUGACAAAAAUAGAAAUAUUUAGUAUCAACAGGCUAAUUUAAAAGUAAUGUUAAGCACAUGGAGCUGAGAAUGAUGAAGGUUUUAUCUGAUGAGGCUUUUUCUAAGGAUAAUUCUCAUUAUUAUGGCAAUAAUAUAAACUGUGAACUAAAUCAACAGUUUUAUCUGACUCAGCUACUGAACAUGAUGUGAGGAUGUGUGAGGAUGUGUGACCUGUUCCACUAUACAGAUAAACCAAUGACUGAUAUUUAUUCUACUUAUAUUCUGUUUAUCAUCUGCAUUUACACUGAGAAGAGCAUGUUUAUUCUCUGACAGACUUUAGCUCCAGUUCUCAUGUUUUUACACUUCACACUUUUGUAUUGAUGAAUCAUUUUCAGUCAUUAAAGUAAACACAAGUGAAACCCAA